AUGGCCCUGCCCUGGCCUUGCUUUUUGCUUUUGCUGCUGCAGAACGUCAAGCGUCGCCGGUCUGUGUGGGCGGGGCCCAGGUCCGGAGCUACUGCGCGACGGCCAGGAAUGGCUUCGACCGGGCACAAAGUCAAGGUCAAAAAGGAGUCGACUUUGAUCUUGGUUGGGCCAGGACCCGAUCAUCAGACGCCGCGCUGGGGAUUCAGGCCAGCCCAGGCAGCGCCACGGCCACGUGACGGCGGAAUUUCCCAGCAACAACAUCUCCUAUCGGCAGUUGCCAGUGACAGCACACUUGGCGGUUGA